AAAUACAAUCGUUAGCCGCCCCUACUUGCAUUCUACACCGCACCUCUCCUUCUCUCUUUCUCAAUCUCUCUGUUUCAAUGGCGGAUACCGGAGUUGUGACCGUUUACGGAAACGGUGCAAUCUAUGAAACGACGAAGAAAUCCCCGUUCUCCGUUAAGGUGGGGCUGGCCCAGAUGCUUCGUGGUGGCGUCAUCAUGGACGUCGUCAACGCAGAGCAGGCUCGCAUCGCUGAGGAGGCAGGCGCGUGCGCCGUAAUGGCACUCGAGAGGGUCCCUGCCGACAUCCGCGCGCAGGGCGGUGUGGCUCGCAUGAGUGACCCGCAACUCAUUAAGGAAAUCAAGCAGGCGGUGACCAUCCCAGUCAUGGCCAAAGCCCGUAUCGGCCACUUCGUGGAGGCCCAAAUCCUGGAAGCUAUUGGCAUUGACUACGUUGAUGAGAGCGAGGUUCUCACCCUUGCUGACGAGGACAAUCACAUCAACAAGCACAAUUUCCGCAUUCCUUUCGUCUGUGGUUGCCGCAAUCUGGGAGAGGCUCUGCGCAGGAUCCGGGAAGGUGCGGCCAUGAUCCGUACGAAGGGCGAGGCGGGGACUGGUAACAUCGUGGAGGCUGUUAGGCACGUGAGGUCCGUGAUGGGUGACAUCAGGGUCCUUCGCAACAUGGACGACGAUGAGGUCUUCACUUUCGCGAAAAAGAUCGCCGCUCCCUAUGACCUCGUUAUGCAGACCAAACAGCUAGGGAGGCUUCCGGUGGUUCAAUUCGCCGCGGGAGGUGUGGCGACUCCGGCAGACGCGGCUCUCAUGAUGCAGCUGGGCUGCGAUGGAGUGUUUGUCGGGUCUGGUGUGUUCAAGAGUGGCGACCCGGCUAGACGCGCACGUGCUAUAGUUCAGGCUGUGACGCAUUACAGCGACCCUGAUGUGCUGGCAGAGGUGAGCUGUGGACUGGGUGAGGCAAUGGUGGGGAUUAAUCUGAAUGAUGAUAAGGUCGAGAGGUACGCAAAUCGAUCAGAAUAGAGAUUCGAUUCUUUACAUGCCAACGCAUGCUAAGUUUGGCUUGAAUUACUUAGUUGAGAGAGCAUUUGAAUGUGCCUCUCUAUUCAAGAUAAUUGAAAUAGGUAAUUAUAAGACUUGUUUCUGGUAUUGUGGUUUUAAGAAAUUUAUUUUCGGUUCAAUAAGCAACAAGGUUAUUUUUUAUUGCAUUUUUUAUAUGCGGAAAGACGGAUGGAUUUGUUUGUCAUAAGCAUAUUAAUCACAUCAACUUCUUUUGUA